AUGGGAGAGCUGGCCUCGCCGCCAGAGGCAGAGCUGUCAGAGCUGGAGCAGCGCAAGGUGGUGGUGCUAGGCGUGCCAUGGCAGACAGACGACUCCACCCUGCAGCAGCACUUCUGUCAGUUUGGUGUGGUGGAGGAGGCGCAGAUAAUGCGGGAGAAGUACACCGGGAAGUCUCGGGGCUUUGGCUUUGUCACAUUCCGCAGCACAACCGACGCGCUCAAGGCGGUGAAUGCGGAGCACUGCAUCGACGGGCGCAAGUGCGAGGCCAAGUUUGCUCUGCCCGAGGGCAAGUUUGGGAUCUGCCAGGACUGCUACAUGCCAAAAGACCCCUCCAAGCAGGGCCACCGAGGCAUCGGCUUUGUCACCUACAGCAGCCCAGAGUCGGUGGAGCUGGUGAUGAGCCAGACGCAUGUGCUGAACGGCAACGAGAUCGCCAUUGAUCGAGCGACGCCAAAGGAGAAGACCACGCUGCUGCCGGGCAGGCUCAGCAUGAGCCAGCCCAACCUGCAAAUGGCCGGCGCCAGCAGCCACGGCGGCUCGCAGUAUGGGUUGAUGCGCGGCAUGAACUCCCCUGCCUCGCCGCCCAGCUUGAGCAACGGGCUGCUGCUGGGGAUGAGCGGGCGCCAGAUGAGCCACCCCGCGCUGCCCAUGGGCGGCGGCUCCGGGCUGCUGGCGGGGUCGCCGGGGCAGCACAUGCACCUGCUGCAGGGCAACGGCAGCUCGCACGGAGGCGGCAGCUACCACGGCGGCGGCGGCGGCGGUGGGUACCACAGCAGCCAGCCGAUGCCCGCAGGCGGCAGCUACCACAGCGCGCAGCCCGCCAGCGGCAGCUAUCAUGGCGGGCAGGCGGCUAGCGGCAGCUACGGCGGGCAAGCGGCCGCCGGCAGCUACGGCGGGCAGGCCGCGGGCAGCUACGGCGGCCAGGCGGCUAGCGGCAGCUACCACGGCGGUCACCAGUUUGGCGGCGCGGGGAUGAGCAGCGGCGACGGCUCCUACCACGGCGGCCAGGCCAGCAGCGGCAGCUACAGCACCAGCCUGCCCAGCGUCAACUCCUUCGGCUCUGCGGGCAUGAACAUCAGCCUGCUGGCCCAGGCGCAGGCGGCGGCGCUGCAGCAGCAGCUGAGCACUAGCGCGGGGCAGAGCCUGCUGGACAGCAGCAGCCCCUCACAGCUCAUCAGCCUGCUCAGCGCCAACUCGGCGGCCGCCGCCGCCGGCGGCGCCGGCAUGGGCCGCUACGGCAGCGGCGGGCAGCCCGGCGGCGGCGGCGGCGCCGCCUCCUCGCAGAGCGACCUGGCCAGCCUGCUGGGCCAGUCGCAGGAGCAGUGCGUGCACGGCGGCUGGCUGCGCAGCACGCUGCCCAGCGCGGCGCCCACCAUGAGCAGCAGCAACAGCGGUUCGCUGGGGCCGGCGUCGGCACGCGCGGGCCCCCGCAUCUUCAUUGGCAAGCUGAACAAGGACACGAGCGAGCAGGACGUGAAGGACCAUUUCAUGCGCUUCGGCUUCGUGCUGGACGUGUACCUGCCGCGCGACAAGAACAACAAGCGGGAGCACCGUGGCUUUGGGUUUGUGACGUUUGAGACUGAGGCUGCCAUCCAGCGUGUGGUGGCGCACGGCCCUCACCACAUCAAGGGCUCCAUCGUGGCCAUCGACUCCGCGGUACCACGCCAGGAGGAGGUGGUACUGGCGAUUGACGGGCACACCGGGCUGGCCGCGGGCCCCGCGCUGACGGGCGCCGACCGCGACACUGCCGACGCCAUCCACGCCAUGGAGGUGCUGAGCCUGGAGGGCAGCGGGCGGGGCCGCGCCCUGCUGAGGCCCCCGCUGUCCGCCGGCGGCGCGGGCGUGGCGCAGCCGUACUGA